AUGUUUUGUGCCAUCAGUGGUAAGCCGCCAAGAACACCAGUAGUAUCGCUUGUUUCCAAAUGCGUGUUUGAAAAAGAUCUGAUUGAACAGUACAUUCAAGAGACCGGUAAUGAUCCCAUCAGUAAUGCACCAUUGAGUGUAGAUCAACUACUUAUCAUUUCGCAAACACCACAACAAUCUGCGUUUACCAAUGCUGUGAAUUCAUCUACUUUAAACAGCAACUAUAGUAUCCCCAAUCUACUUUCCUCAUUGCAAAAUGAAUGGGAUGCCAUCAUGUUAGAAAACUUUAGACUUAGGAAACAAUUAGAUGCAUUUACCAAACAAUUAUCCACUGCCUUGUAUGAACGUGAUGCUGCCAAAAUUGUAGCUUCUAAUGCUCUCAGGGAAAGAGAACAAUUAGUACAGGAAUUGAACCAAUUGAGUUUGCACCUUGGAGUAGAUGAAGCGGAAGAAUCAGAAGAGCAAGUGACUGGAUUACCACAGGACCUGAUAGAGCAACUCUUGAACGCUUCGAAAGAGUACGUGAAUAUUACUAAAAAGAAUAAAGAUCUAUUCGUGGAUGAGGUAUCCGAACUGGUGUGCAGGAAUAACUACAAUGCGUCGGAUUCUCCUGUACUACAAAGUGGGAGCAAGUUACGAUCAGGUUUAUCGAAAUCAGUUGUAUUCACCAUCGAUGACGGUAACACAGUAUAUUACACUCAGGGUGAUAAGAAUAGCCAAUUUGAAAUCAACGUCGAAGAGAAACUGGAGUACCUAACAAUGACCCCUAACGAGGAAUACCUAAUUUUCUCAACCACUGAUGGUAAAAUCGGUACUUAUAAUAUUAAAGAGUCCCAAAAGCAUGUCCUUGAAAUUCGUACUGAUGAAAUAAUAUUAAUCCAAUCGCACGAAUAUAUUCUCAACGACCAAUUUUUAUGGGUGGAUAAAAAGGGAAAAGUCGGGUACAGUUCUUUAGAUGGUUCUAAGACUACUCUAGUUUCACAAGGCGGAGCUGGGGACUUUUCACGAGCAGCAUUGCAUAAGGACGGGCUUCUACUAGCGCUUGUGCAAGACGAUAACAUUCAAAUCCGUAACGUGACACAAUUUGAAGAACCGCCAACAGUGUGGAAUCUCGGAAAAGAAAUAAACCAAGAGGGUUCAAUUACAGGUGUAAAAUUUAGCAGUAAUGGUUAUUGGAUGAUAGUGUCUACAACACAUGCUAUUAUGUCUUUCGACCUAAGAAAAUCUGUCGGCACACUCGCCGUUCAACCGAUUACCAUUGAAUCUCAAAUAUGGGACACCGAUCUCUCUGGUAAACAUUUAGUGAUCUGGCAAUCCGGAAGGCUGCAGUUUUACAGUUUUGUCAAAUCGAGCAAGACAUGGGAAUUGAACAAAGACCUUCCACUAAAGCCAUUGGAAGAACAAGAUUUAAAAUCAUUGAAAUUAAGCUACGGUGAAUCUGGUGCCGUCACAGUGCUGCAAUCAUUAAACAAAAUUCAAGUCUUCUCAUUGGAGUAG